AUGUCACCAGAGAUUGUGCUCAGGUUGGAAGCUGUAGCAGAGAGAUUAUGUACCAUGGAUUCAGAAAGGGCAGUCAACCGCCUUAUACUGUUUGUGGUUAUAGUUGGAACUAUGUAUUAUUGUUACUGUUUAUAUUAUGCAAGUUUACGAUUUGAAGAGAAUAACUGGAAUUCUCGCCCAGCUAAGAAAAUUGACCAUCUGUAUGAAACUGACCCGGAGCUGAAGAAAAUUCAUGCAAGGAUGACAUCAGAAACAGAUUCCUUGUCUUCAGAGGUGACAAUCGUCACUGCAUACUUCAACCUCGGCAAUCUCAACAAGGGCAAAAGACUAGGAAUGGGUGGCUAUACCCCGGAGAGAUACAAAAAAUGGAUGGGUGUUUUUGGCAGAAUUGACAACCCAUUAGUUGUUUUCACAGAUUCUGCUGAAAUCGCUCAAGUUUUUAAGGAAUUACGUUCACAGUUUGCCGCCGAGCGCUCAACCAUAGUUCUUUUAAACAGGACUAGUUUAUGGGCUUUUUCACUAGCACCACAGAUUAAAGAUAUCUUUUCUCAGCCGGGCUAUCCAAAAUUCGACCCAAACACAAUCAACGAGAACUAUUCAUGUGCAAUGCAUGCUAAGUUUGAGUUAGUGAGUAAAGUGAUCAGAGAAGAAAUGUUUCACACAAAGUACAUCAGCUGGUUGGAUAUAGGCCUGUACAGAGCAGUUGUGGAUGAAAAGCACAUUUUUCCUAUUGGAGUUCCUCCUGGCUUUGACGAGAAUAAAGUUGCUUAUAGUGGUCAGCAUAAGUUCGAUCCCACAUUAUCACCGUACCAGAUCAUCAUAGAAGACAGGACCUGGGUCGGUGGCGCCAUGUUUUUGGCUCGUCCGGAAGUAAUGUAUGUGUAUACACAAGAUUACAUGCGAGUAGUGGAGAAGUUAUUAGCAGAACACAUGAUGAGCACAGACCAGCAAGUGAUAUACAUCAUGUUCCAGCCGAAUUUUCCCUAUCAGCCUCGGGUUGAAAUACAGACGUAUACAACUCAUUCAACAGAUGACUGGUUUUAUUUAGGAUAUACUAUAAAAGAAUCAUGGGAUUUUGGUCUGAGACGGUCUGUGUCUAUACUUAGAUUUUUACAUUCUUUGUUGUGA